AUGGGUAAUCAGCACAACUACAGCACUAAUCUGUUCUCUCACUUUUGCAGACACAAAGUGCCCUACCAUGUUCUACUGAAUUUCUAUUGCCCAGUGUCUGCCGAGUGUCCAGGCAACCAUGGCGAUGAAGAGACCACUUCUGUACUUCGAAGUUUGGUGUCUGAACAUUUGUCACAUAAUCAGGUGUUGGGUUUUCUUAAAGCUGUAUUGAAGCGUUUGGUUCCACUGAAGUUGUGGGGGUCAAAGUACAACAGGAAGGUGUUCUACCGUCACCUGCGGAAGUUCCUUCAGCUUCGGAGGAGAGAGACAGUGUCCGUGAAGCAAAUGUGUGAGGGAGUUAAGUUCUCCCACUGCGAUUGGCUAAAGCUCCCCCCAUCCAAGCACAAGGGAAGACCACACCCACUACAGACACGUCUCUUUGAGCGUCUGGUUCAUUGGCUGAUGACAAGUGUCAUAAUCAGAACACUCAAGGCUUUCUUUUACGUGACUGAGCAUUCUGAGCACCAGAACUGCCUCUUCUACUACAGGAAAAAGGUGUGGUCUCGUAUCCAAGAGCUAGCCGUUCGUAUCAUCCCCUACCAGCAGAUCCCAUUGAACACACGGCCCGAGAUCAUUGCCAGCUCUUGUUUUGGGUUGCAUGAGGUCUUCGUAAAACUGAAGAGAUUCUCAACCGAACAAAAGAAAGUUGAUACCCCAACCAAAGGGCCGUUGCUGUUUGUUCGAGUUGAUAUCUCCAGUUGCUAUGACUCGAUGGUUCCAAAGAGAGCUCUUGAGAUUGUCUCCAACAAUGUCUUGUCACAGAGAUCUUAUCUGAUUCGCUGCUUUGCUAAGCUGUUCGUAUCCAGGGAACGCAUGAUACUAAAAUUGAGUUUGUUUAGUUAUUGAUCUUUACCCACUCCCGCCUACAAGGUAUGUUCACACAGCAUUUAUUCACUUCUCGACUUAUAUGCACUCAUAUAAUUAUGUGAUGUUUUAUGCUCUUAUUCGUGUGUAGGGUACCAUCAAGGUAAAGAAGAAGGUUGGCAGACAGACCUGUACUUAAUUUUUAUUUGGAGUCAAUUACAGGACCACCUCAACAAUAAAUGCAACUUCAACCCGAUAACAUAUACGGGUUGGUUCCUUAAGAGUGUAUUGAGACGUUUGGUCCCACUAGAGCUGUGGGGGUCGAAGUACAACAGGAUGUCACAUUGUGUUCUACCAGUGUGGCCUGAGCAUCAAGGCCACGCCCCUCUCCCUCAUGAUGCUGGACCCUCGUAGCAAGUCGUACCUGAUCAACAUAUUUCACACUCCAGGGCAUGUGAACUUCUCCUCUGAGGUGACUGCUGCCUUCAGGCUCUGUGAUGGUCUCGUACUGUUUGUGGAUGCUUCAGAAGGGGUUGGUCGUCUAUGGAUCUCUGAAGCCAACUAUCAAGUUGAGAUCAGUCGAGUGCCGGCUGGUAACUGGGUGCUCAUAGAGGGAGUGGACCAGACCAUCACCAAAGACAGCCACCAUCACACAGAUCAACGACUCAGAGGACAUUGUUCCCGGAGACCCACUGGACGUGAUCCGGCCCCCUGUAGAUGUGAGCAUUGUCGGAACUCCUUGCAUUAUUAUUAUAAUUAUUUUAAAGUACAUGCAACUACUGUAUAUAUACUCACAAAAUUGUGGUAUUCUAUAC